AAAAUAGAAAAAAAAAUAAAAUGAAAAAUAAAAUUUAGUUUUUAUUUAAUAAUAUUCAAUUUUAUUUUUUUUAGUGUGUUACUUCCGGAGUACCCCCGUGGGUCGGUUGGUAUUUCAUACAUUGUCAUAACGCUCAGUAAGAUUACCGGCCUGUUUCCGGAGUUCCACCCAAGAAAAAAGUACGGAACUUGGGGGUAAUCAUCACACAUUGGUGGUUGUACUAUUACCCCAAAGGAAGCCGACAGGCUUUCCUUUCCUGUACGAAUUGAUCCACUUUACCGCAACCAUCUUGCGGGUUUUACAUGGCAGUAUGACUUCAGUAUAAAUGUAGAUGUACUGUAGUGCACAAAGCUGCUUGCUGACCAUUCCCUCGAUAUAGAGAUUGAAUGAACAUUGAUACUGAAUGGUAGUGAAUGGGCAUCAGGACCUAAAAAUAUCCAGAUACAUAACAAAUAGACCUGCAAAGAGGAAAAAGGAAGCAACUGGUUCUAGACAAACAUUCAGACAAAGAUCGACUGUCCUGUGACCUCUGUUCUUGCUGACUAAGAGGAAGAUGGAUUCCCUUUGCAGUUCACUUCAUCGGUCACGGGGUCACUUGACUCCUCAAAAACGGGGCCGUAAUGAUUGGCGCAGAGUGGUUGCUGUUGAUAUCACUCCACUAUGUCUUGAGGAGUCUUUCCAUAAUGAUUGAACGCAGACCCCUCUGAAUGCUGGUGCCGUUAUCCAUGUUGAUUCUCGGUAUACUGACGUACAGGUCUAGUUCAUACCUUAGGUACCUUCAUACAGUACUUCUGCAAGCUUUCAAACCGGCUUGUUUGGUGUCAGUCCAUUUCCCCAAGCGCCACCCCAUUAAAUUGUCUAGCAUUACUUCAAGAGUCCUGCUGACUUCCUGCUGGAGCUGUCUUGAUGCAAUUGCGUUCGCCACGGACAUGUUUUCGGUCAUAUUUGAUACAUUAAUUGCCCCGGGUCCAUGUUCUGGACUACUUCCCAAGCCACAUUUUUUGCUUUCUUUUUUGCUUGCCAGAUGAUUUCAUUAGCGCAAGGCCAUUUUUCCCGGCCGUUGAAUUUAAUUUGAAGUUUAUCCGUCGUCAUCACCCUACCCUUGCGAAUUCUAGCUGUACUUCCAUCCUUCUGACACGUUGGCAUUUUUGGUUGACACAUCCCGGCCGAAAAUGGCCCAAACAAUGCUUGCCUGUGUGGCUAUUAACCGGUGGUGUUCAAUUAUGCAUGGGUCU